AUGAAUACUCGGAAGAAGUUAAACGAGUAUGGUUUAGUGGAAAUUGCUUCCAAUGGUGACAUUACUUACAAAACAGAUUUUGUAAACUUGAAGGACCGUUUCGCUAAUAUCAGUCUUUCCUAUACCACGGAGCAAAGCAUUUCUAAUGACACUCUAUACUACUGUAAUGCUACUAAAAUCACUGACGUUUAUUCCGAUUUUGGUGUUAAGAACUUUAGUAUUGCUGCUCAGCCAUCUGAAAUUGCCAAUUUGAUUAAGUAUGGUGUUAAUGGAUCUAAUGUAGGUAGUAUUUUAACUGAUUAUACAUUCUCAACUACCUUUAAUUAUACCAUUUAUGACACUGAUAACAAUACUGUCGCAGCCACUAUUUCUUAUGCUUCCUCUAACACGAUCAAUUACUUGAAUCAAGCUGUUGCUACAGCUUCGGCCACUGUUACUAGCUCAUCCUCAGCGACCGCUUCCUCUAGUUCUUCAAAGAGCAAAAAUGAAGCUGCUGGCGUCAAAGCUACUUCAUUUGGCACUGGUAUCUUCACAUUUUUAAUUUCAGCGUUAUUCUUAUAA